UCGCGGAAAUCAGACGUAGUUUCCCAUGUACGAGACACUAAGAGGUCGGUAUAUUGGACUAUGAGAGUUCGUCUCCAUGACCUUGCAACUGUAGCUUUCAUUAGCUCACGCGACUCUAAUCGCACAGCCUAUCUGCGAUCUCGAUGCAUCCGCCAAGUCGGCCUCCUAAACUCCCACCCAUUCCAUUUGGUCAACUUUGUCCUUGAGGAUCAUGUGGACAGUUGGAGGCACAUCAUCAGAAACGCGCGGGAUGACAUAUACGACAACGAAAAGAAAACUGGGCUUGGAGCAAAAUGGAAUCGCUACGAAGAGACCGAAAGUGACGAGAAGCUAGAGCAGAGGGAGUAUACAGGCCUCUUACGAGAUCUGCAAGCGAUCAAUUGGGACCUGCGAAGGAUGUUGCUAGACUUGAGGUUUGCAGCGGCUCUGUGGCCCGUUUUCGGACAUAUGUUACAGAAGUUGGAAGGCCUUCGGCACGACAUGGGAGUAGGGCCGUUAAAGCCCGGUGUGAAAGCCGCGCUUGAGGAUCAGUUCGACUUCAACCAAUCGGUGUCGAUGGCUACGAAGGAGGCGAUGGAGGAGCUCGUGGAUCGCGCCCAGGCGCAGAUCAGCGUGACUUACAGUCUUAUCGCGCAAAGAGACAGCGAACGCAAUAUCGAAAUAGCCCGACUGACGGCAAAGGAUAGCAAGACCACGAUCCAAAUAGCCAAACUCACAGCAAAGGACAGCCAGAUCAUGAAGACCAUCACCGUCCUCACCUUGACAUUCCUGCCUUCCACGAUGCUGGCGUCACUCUGGGAUGCGGGGAUCUUCACGCUCGAUGCGGAUAAGAGCUGGCGCAUUUAUGUAGGCACUACCUGCGCCCUCACAAUUACCGUGUUCGCUCUCUGGUACUUGUACCUUUGGGUGUCGAGAACGCGUUCUCCAGUCACGAUAGGAGAUGAAGAGAAGCAGACCAAUACUGAGAAAGGAGAAUGAUUUGCAUUCGAGCAAUAGGGAAUUUGUAUGUCAUUAGGUGUCAUCAUUCGUCCAUGCAGGGAGGAGACCAAGCA